AUGUUUUUCGCCCAAAUCUAUGAUGAACGCAAUGAAGGACGGGCACGCACAGACAAUCAGCACAAUCAUAAAAAGAAGGGAGAAGAGCAGAGCCUCAUUUUGCCUCAAGUGGUCAGGAGGCCCUGGGAAGUCCGCGGGGACGGCUACUUGCCCGGCUUCAGAGGGACAGUCACAAACUGGACUCUUUAUGAAGAUGCCCUUCUUGAUGUACUCACAGCACCCGACUCAGGGGUGCACCCAGAGACUGUGGGAGGCCGGUUCUUGUGGUGCGAAAGCAGCUUAAGGUCUCCAGAGCAUUUCGGCCGCCUCGGGGAGAUUUGCUUCGAGCUGCUCGAGGCAGAAAGGUUCCUUUCAGUGGACAAGGACACACUUUCGGCUUUGGCGAUAAGCGGCUGCUUGCUGAGUCCCGCUGAACUGUCUACGGACCUAGGAGACAGCAGCAGCAGCAGCAGCAGCAGCAGCGCGCUGCAGGUCCUGCGCUGCAUGCAGCACUUCUCGGGACUCAUUGUGGACUUGGGCGCUUCUCUUAGUCGCAUCACUCCCAUUUUGUCUGGACAGGCUUUGGGCUGUUUGGCUGUGGAGUUGCCGCUGGGGGGCAGAGACAUAGACGCCUUUCUCUGCAGCAGCUUGCUGCAGCAGCAGCAGCAGCAGCAGCAGAGGCAGCAGGAGCUGAAGCAGCCAGUCAAAGUCGACUUCAGGCCUUGCUACUGCGCAGUGGCUGCAGCGCGGUCGAUAAAGGAACAAGUCGUCUGCUGCGCCACAGAGAGAGGGCUCGUUUUUGCUGCGGAAACAUCUCUGGCUAGGAAUAACCCCUGCAGUGUACGUACACCUCGAGGCUGCAGCCGCUGCAGCAGCAGCAGCAGCUUCUGCAGCAGCAGCUGGCCGGGCGCAGGCUACAAGAGCAACACGAAGAAGCGCCGCUGUGGGGAGGGACUUUGGGAAGCCGCUGAGGACACAGAUGUGAAACACCAGCAGCAGCUGCAGCAGCAGCAGCAGCAGCAGCUCGAGACUCAGUGGCUGGUUGGUGACUGCCGCGUUGCUGCUGCUGAGCUUCUGUUUGACGCAAAGACCCUCACAGAGUACAGGCACAGCAGGGCCGAGGCGGAGCCCCUGAGCGCCCUCCAUUUGCUGCCGCUGCAGACAGCCGUGGCAGCUGUGGUGGAGAAGUGCCCUAUAGACACUCGAAAGUGUUUGCUGCAAAAUGUUUUCGUUGUGGGGGGCACGUCACUCAUACCCGGAGUGGCGGCUCGCCUUCAGACGGAGCUUAGGGAGCUGUACCGAUACCGCAAAGCACACGCUUCAUUCCUCCCCCGUGUGCAUGUGCUGCCUCACCCGGAGCUGCAGCAUCAUGCGGCCGUCUGCGGGGGUCUUCGGUUUGGUGUGCAGCAUCACUACGAUCUCAAUAACAUGACGAGGGAGCAGAGGAGAGCACAGGAGGCUGCAGCAGACUACAGCAGGCUGCAGGAAACUGCAGCAGACUGCAGCAGAUUGCAGCUGCAGCAGGCUGCAGCAUUCUGUAGCAUUCUGCAGCAGAUUGCAGUGCACAGACUGCAGCAAACUGCAGCUGCAGCAGACUGCAGCAGGCUGCAGCAGAGUGUAAUGCACGAACGGCAGCAGACUUCUGUGAAUCUUUGGCACUUCAAGGCCACUGCAUUGAGUUUUCAUGAUGCGCGGCUUGCAGCCUUUCAUGAAGACGCAGCAGCAGCAGCAGCAGGUUCUGCUGCUACUUCAGCAUCGCUGCAGCAGCAGGAACAGGAGCAGCUUCCACAGGUUGCCACAACUGAGAAGUGCUUAGAUGAGAAGCAGCAACUUUGGGCAGUAACAUCAGCAACAGUAGUAGUUGCUGCUGCUGCUGCUGCUGAAGCAGCUUCUGCUCUGACGCUACUUCAGUGCGAUUGCCUCAUUACAUGGAUGCAUCCAGGUGCUCCAGCAGCAGCUGCUUCUGGUGCAGUAGACGCUGUUGCUCCAGCUGCAGCAGCAGCAGCUGCUGCCGUUGCUAUCCUUGCUGCUGAACUACCGUCUGAUCGGCUGCUGGAGGGCUCCGUGCUGCAGCAGCACUGCUGCUGUGCCGCUGAAGAGAAGCUGCUGCUCGCUUUGGCUCAGAUCUCAAUUGGCAGCAACAGCAGCCACAACAGCAACAGCAAAAGCAGCAACAGCAACAUGAGCAGUUGCAGCAGCAUCACAGCAACAGCAGCAACAGCGGCAGUAGCAGCAACAACAGCAGUUGCAGCAGCAUCAGGAGCAACAGCAGCAACAGCAACAAAAGAAGCGGCAGCAACAACAAAAUCGACAGCAGCACUAAAAGCACGAGCAGCAACACAACAGUAG